AUGGCCCUCACCUGCAAGGCGUGGUUGGAUGUUGGCCUGGAUGCGCUCUGGGAAGAAAUCACGGACCUCAGCAACCUGCUGAUCUUGAUCCCGGAGUGGCAGGAGUAUAGACGAGCACAAGAUCGCUUGCUUCAUGCAUUUUACGCAGAUCAGGACGACAGAUACGAGUUAUACUCAAAACUGCAACUCCGUUUGCAACAACAGGCGAGUUACUCCUCACUAGCUCAGGACGGCUCUAUCGAUCGUUGCGCACUCUGA